AUGGAGGAGAAGAACAAGCUGUCAAUAUCCAUCGCCUGCAAGCUCCGGCCUGCCAAGCCCCCCUCCCGCCCCGCCGCCGCCGACGAUGGCCCCAAGCCCGCGCCCACCGCCCAGUUCGUCACCGAGUUCGACCCGUCCCCGACCCUACCCCCGGCCGCGGCGCCCGUCGUCGUCCCGCCGCUCCCCAACUCGGUCAACUUCGGCCCUCGCAAGCCAUCCUCCCUCACCACGUCGCAGGAGGAGGCCGCCCUCGCCGCGCAAUCCCCUGCCUGCUGCGGCGGCCCCGCCUUCGUCCUCGACAAUCCGUGUGCGAGAACCUUCUACGGCCUCACCCUCCGCGACGCCGCUGUGGCGCUCCUUGCUGGAUAUGGCUGGUCCGAAGGCCAGUGUGUCGGUAAGAGCCACAGGGACAGGAAGGAAGAUACCAAGGCCGCCGAUCGCCACCGUGCUGGCAAACACGGGUUUGGCUACAACCCCUCCGAGCUUGACCCUCGGAAAUCUCGCUCCGGCGAAUGGACAUUUGCCGCUAAUAACAAAAUGACGGGGAAUGGAACCGCGAGGAAGAGAGGUAGAGACGCUAGCGACACAACGGAGGAGAAGGAUCACAAUGCCGGCCGCCGGCAUAACAAGAUCUCUGGUGAGAAAAGGUCUAGGACGACGACGAAGGCUUGCGAGGAGGAGAGAGACGGCGGCCAGGGCAACACGGCGCUGUGGCUGCAGAGCCAUAUCAGGGUCCGGGUUGUUAGCGAGAAGCUGGGCAAACGGCUGUACCUGAUGAAGGGGAAGGUCGUCGACGUGGUGGCGCCGACGGCUUGCGACGUUGUGAUGGACGAUGACUUGGAGCUCGUGCAGGGUGUCGAGCAAGGUAUGCUUGAGACAGUGCUGCCCCGGACGAACGGCCGGGUGCUCGUGCUCUACGGGAAGCACAAGGGUGUGCGUGGGCGCCUGGUGGAGAAGGAUUCCGAGGAGGAGGUUGGAUUGGUGGAGGAUGCAGAUUCGAAGGCUGUGGUACGCGUUAGGUUUGACCAGAUGGCAGAGUACACCGUACCGUUGACUUGUAGUUGCUUGGCUACUGAAUAAUUUCUUUUCGAGUAGCUGAUAUUUGCUUUGUGUUAGGCAAUGUACUAAAAUGUAUAUGCAUGUAGCAUUGUAGCUGCUGUGAUCCA